AUGCUGCUGGCGUCGCCGGACUUCACCACUGCCUGGGCCGUGCGCAAGCGGCAGCUGCCGCCGGGCGGCGCGGCGGACGAGCUGCACUUCACGUGGCUCGUGCUGACGCGCAGCCCGAAGAGCGCGGAGAGCUGGUCGCACCGCGCGUGGGUCGUGCGCACGUGCGGGCUGUCCCCGCAGCAGGCAGAGGAGGAGCUCGCGCUGGCGUGGGUCGCGGCGACGCGCGCUGCGAGCAACUACUACGCUGGCGUGCACAGGCUGCGCGUAGUGCCAAGCGCGCGUGGGAAAUGCAUACGUGAAGAGCUCGGGCGGAGCCGCAAGUGGCUGCGCACGCACGCGGCAGACUCGUCCGGGUGGUGGUAUCACCGGCAGCUGAUCGAGUUGGCGAGGGGGGCCGCAGCGGAGACGGUGGGCGGCGAGCUUGAGUUUGUGCGCGGGUUGCGGGACCCGGGUCAGGCGCGAAGCCAGUGUAUCGAAGUGCAGGAGCAGUGGUUACUGAAGUUACAACAGGCCGGCGUCGGCGGCACAGCGUGA